CCCGUCCGCCACAGCCUUUCGCCGGGAGAUCGAGAAAGGCUUCGGGGCUGGGGGAGCCUAGAGGCCCCAGGCUGUCCCAGGCGGCUGCUGUUUGCGCGCUGCAAAAGAGGAGUCCGGCAAGGCACAGCACCUCGCAUCCUGGCUGGCGGACACUCAGACGACACAGGUCUGAUCCGGAGGAACCACUUGGCUCAGGAAAAGGAAAUGAAGACAUAAAGAAGUGGUAAUGUGACUUGCCUAAGUUCAUACUUCAAAUUAGUGGCAGAGCUGGUACUACAAUCCACGUCUCCUAAUUCCCAGGACACUAUUUUUAAACUGCACCAAUUUACAAAUAGAGUUUUCCAAAUUGCUAUGAACCAUGGCCCAACUGUACUACAAAAAGGUCAACUACUCACCGUACAGAGACCGCAUCCCCUUGCAAAUUGUGAGGGCUGAGACAGAGCUCUCUGCGGAGGAGAAGGCCUUCCUCAACGCUGUGGAGAAGGGGGACUAUGCCACUGUGAAGCAGGCCCUUCAGGAGGCUGAGAUCUACUAUAAUGUCAACAUCAACUGCAUGGACCCCCUGGGCCGGAGUGCCCUGCUCAUUGCCAUUGAGAACGAGAACCUGGAGAUCAUGGAGCUACUGCUGAACCACAGUGUGUAUGUGGGUGAUGCAUUGCUCUAUGCCAUACGCAAGGAAGUGGUGGGCGCUGUGGAGCUUCUGCUCAGCUAUAGGCGGCCCAGUGGAGAGAAGCAGGUCCCCACUCUGAUGAUGGACACCCAGUUCUCUGAGUUCACACCAGACAUCACUCCCAUCAUGCUGGCUGCCCACACCAACAACUACGAAAUCAUCAAAUUGCUUGUGCAAAAACGGGUCACUAUCCCACGGCCCCACCAGAUCCGCUGCAACUGUGUGGAGUGUGUGUCUAGCUCAGAGGUAGACAGCCUGCGCCACUCUCGCUCCCGACUGAACAUCUAUAAGGCUCUGGCAAGUCCCUCACUCAUUGCCUUAUCAAGUGAGGAUCCCAUCCUAACUGCCUUCCGCCUGGGCUGGGAGCUCAAGGAGCUCAGCAAGGUGGAAAAUGAGUUCAAGGCUGAAUAUGAGGAGCUCUCUCAGCAGUGCAAGCUCUUUGCCAAGGACCUGCUGGACCAAGCUCGGAGCUCCCGGGAACUGGAGAUCAUCCUCAACCAUCGAGAUGACCACAGUGAAGAGCUUGACCCUCAGAAGUACCAUGACCUGGCCAAGCUGAAGGUGGCAAUCAAAUACCACCAGAAAGAGUUUGUUGCUCAGCCCAACUGCCAACAGUUGCUUGCCACCCUGUGGUAUGAUGGCUUCCCUGGAUGGCGGCGGAAACACUGGGUAGUCAAGCUUCUAACCUGCAUGACCAUUGGGUUCCUGUUUCCCAUGCUGUCUAUAGCCUACCUGAUCUCACCCAGGAGCAACCUUGGGCUCUUCAUCAAGAAACCCUUUAUCAAGUUUAUCUGCCACACAGCAUCCUAUUUGACUUUCCUCUUCAUGCUUCUCCUGGCUUCUCAACACAUUGUCAGGACAGACCUUCAUGUACAGGGGCCUCCCCCAACGGUUGUGGAAUGGAUGAUAUUGCCUUGGGUUCUAGGUUUCAUUUGGGGUGAGAUUAAGGAAAUGUGGGAUGGUGGAUUUACUGAAUACAUUCAUGACUGGUGGAACCUGAUGGAUUUUGCAAUGAACUCCCUCUACCUGGCAACUAUUUCCUUGAAGAUUGUGGCCUAUGUCAAGUAUAAUGGUUCUCGUCCAAGGGAGGAAUGGGAAAUGUGGCACCCAACUCUGAUUGCAGAAGCACUCUUCGCGAUAUCCAACAUUUUAAGUUCGUUGCGUCUCAUAUCCCUGUUCACAGCCAACUCCCACUUAGGACCUCUACAGAUCUCUUUGGGACGCAUGCUGCUUGAUAUCCUCAAAUUCCUCUUUAUCUACUGCCUGGUACUACUAGCUUUUGCCAAUGGACUGAACCAGCUUUACUUCUAUUAUGAGACUAGAGCUAUUGAUGAGCCUAACAAUUGCAAGGGGAUCCGAUGUGAGAAACAGAACAAUGCCUUCUCCACGCUCUUUGAGACUCUUCAGUCACUCUUCUGGUCUGUAUUUGGCCUUUUAAAUUUAUAUGUCACCAAUGUGAAAGCCAGACACGAAUUCACUGAGUUUGUAGGAGCUACCAUGUUUGGAACGUACAACGUCAUCUCUCUGGUAGUGCUGCUGAACAUGCUGAUUGCUAUGAUGAACAACUCCUACCAGCUUAUUGCCGAUCAUGCUGAUAUUGAGUGGAAGUUUGCAAGAACGAAGCUCUGGAUGAGUUACUUUGAUGAAGGUGGCACUUUGCCACCUCCUUUCAACAUCAUCCCAAGCCCCAAGUCAUUUCUAUACCUUGGUAACUGGUUCAACAACACCUUCUGUCCCAAAAGAGACCCUGAUGGUAGACGGAGAAGGCGAAACUUGAGAAGCUUCACAGAUCGCAAUGCAGACAGUCUGAUACAAAAUCAACAUUAUCAGGAAGUUAUCAGGAAUUUAGUCAAAAGAUAUGUGGCUGCUAUGAUAAGAAAUUAAACAAAUGAGGGGCUAACAGAAGAAAAUUUUAAGGAAUUAAAGCAAGACAUCUCCAGCUUUCGAUAUGAAGUUCUUGACCUCUUGGGAAAUAGAAAACACCCAAGGAGAAGCUUUUCCACUAGCAGCACUGAACUCUCUCAGAGAGAUGAUACUAAUGAUGGCAGUGGUGGGGCUCGGGCCAAAUCCAAGAGUGUCUCUUUUAAUUUAGGCUGCAAGAAAAAGGCUUGCCAUGGGCCACCUCUCAUCAGAACCAUGCCAAGAUCCAGUGGUGCCCAGGGAAAGUCAAAAGCUGAGUCAUCAAGCAAACGCUCCUUCAUGGGUCCUUCUCUCAAGAAACUGGGUCUCCUAUUCUCCAAAUUUAAUGGUCAUAUGUCUGAAUCCAGUUCAGAGCCAAUGUACACAAUUUCUGGUGGAAUUGUUCAGCAGCACUGUAUGUGGCAGGACAUCAGAUAUUCUCAGAUGGAGAAAGGGAAAGCAGAGGCCUGUGCUCAAAGUGAAAUUAACCUCAGUGAGGUAGAAUUAGGUGAAGUCCAGGGCGCUGCUCAGAGCAGUGAAUGCCCUCUAGCCUGUUCCAGCUCUCUUCACUGUGCAUCCAGCAUCUGCUCCUCAAAUUCUAAACUUUUAGACUCCUCAGAGGAUGUAUUUGAAACUUGGGGAGAGGCUUGUGACUUGCUCAUGCACAAAUGGGGUGAUGGACAGGAAGAACAAGUUACAACUCGGCUCUAAGUCAAGUCCUUAUCAUCUGUUCUGGAACUCAACAGAAAUUUGUCAUUUCCUUGCUCUCAGAGGUGACACAAAAUAUGAUUCCCUUACUGCCCCUGACCCCCAAAAAGGAGAGUGAAACUCCUAUUUGCACCAUCUUUUAUAGCCACAUUCUUCAUUUUUAUUAUUUUCAUUAUUUUUUGCCUUUUUAUACCUAUAAAUGCUAAGUCCAUCUUACAACCAACUGAAAGGGUGUUGCACCUCAUCAGCAGAGGUGCAGUUGGGUGCUUCACCCUUUUGCUUUGCUUUUAUUACUUAUGCUUCCUUGAAGACCCAGGUGCCACCUUGCUGUUGCUGCCACACAGAUUCCUGACCAUCCUCAGGAUUUCAUGCCAUUUUCCCACAGAGCUGAGGGAUGUGGUCAGCAGUCCCCACCAGCUGUCAGACAAGGCAAACUACCCUGCCUAUCUUUGUUGCCAUUCAGUGCUACACGCUGCCCAUGCAGUUCAAUGAACAGCAUCAAAGGGAGGCUGAAGAGAUUCCAAAGAAUUGUCAGCUUGUAGUUUCUAGGUAUAAGUGACUUGUUUCGUUCUUAAACACUACAACUUCUUAUUGUGGGGGCUGUUGAGUUUUCUUGUUUCUUAAAGAUGUGUUAGUUUCCUAAUAUGUGCCACUGAAAUAUUUACCCCAUAGUAUAUGUUAUAUCUAAUAAGUUAGGUGAAAUCUUUCCUGUGUUUGUGUGUUUCAGUUAUCUUACAUUUUAAAAUUUGAUAGUAUCAAAAUUAGUAUUUAGAAUUUGUGCUGUUUUUCAAAAACUUCUACUACACUCUAACCAGUAGUCACUACAUCUCAUACAUUGGCAAGAAAAAUAGUUGUCACAUUUGUCGGGUCCUAGUCUGUUGAUAGUUUUAAUUAUCAUUGCUAUCAAAGCAUUUCUAAGAUAAAAGCCUGAAUUUGAAAUAUUUUAUCAGAAAAAUGUCAUAUUGCUGAAGUGUCAAAAUAUGAGAAAAGAGCAUCUUAAUUUUAAUUAAUUGCUUUAUAAAAUGGCAAUUUUAGGUCGAGAUAACCUAAUUCACAUUGCAGUUUUAAUAUUCAUUGGGGCAGUGGAAUUGCAUGUGUAAAUUAUGUUAAAUAUAAAACAUAACAACCCUAGUGGAUUCAUGGAAUCAUAAACGUGAUCCAAAUUCUACUGUCUUCAAAGAAAGCUGUAUAAAUUCUUUUCCACAGCUUAAGAGUACCUCAUCAGAAUACAGUGGUUCAAGUUAAAAAAUAAAGUCCAUAAUGCAUAUGAUCAUCAUUUUAGACCUGAUAACCACUCAGAACAAGCUGAGCAAGGACGGUUUUUACCAACAUUAGCUCAAAGGUUUCCUCAAUUUAGAUUCUAACAUAUGACCUGAAAAAACUUUAGGUCUGAAUCCUACAGAUUAAAUUAAUAGUGUAUAGCCCAGAAAAGUAAAAUAGUUAGGUGUCACCCUGCUCCUUUAAAUGUCAACACCAAUAGGAAUCCAUUUAGAUUAAUGUAUGUAAUUUCUGGUAAAAGAGAAAUGAGGAAUUUUCAAACACUGCAAAUAUGCCUCCAAAGUUGCUUUUGAUAGUGUGAUUUCUGUUAUUUGGAUUUCCAUCUCUUUCAAUAGCCUAGAGAAGAGCCAAAUGGAGGGGGAAGGGCCAGAAAUAGGAGGAGGUUUUGAAGAAUAAAGCCUCAGACCCAGGGAAAAGUGAUCAAGUGAAAAAGCUGCAUCAAGAUUCAUUUGGCAAGAGGUUGUCCCAAAAUAAUUCCUUGAUCAUAUCUGAAGUGGGUUUUCACUCAAAUCAAUUUCUCCCCUGCUUCACUGAGACUGUCAUAAAUGUCCUUGACAUUUUAUAAUAGGUUACUUUCCAGAAAGGUUUCUGAAGUUAUAGAUUCAGCUUUCCAAAUUGUCAAAUUCACUUUGAAUAAUAAUAGAACAUGGGCUAUAUUUCUAACUCAUAUUAACAGCACCAAAAGAAAUAGCAUAUAACCCUAUUUCAUAAAAAGAAAAACACGUUUUUCUCAGAAAUGUAUAUCACUUCUGAAAACUUAUGUAUAAUUGUUCUAGCAGUGACCAUAUCAACUCAUCAGAAAACAGGCUAGCCAGACAUGGAACUGUAUUCCAAAAGUCUUCUGUUAUAUUCUAAAGACAUCCUAUGUGUAAAUCAAUCUCUACUGCUGAAAGAACCAGUGUCAUAUGUCACAGGAGGACAUUCCUUUUCAGAUCUUCUCAGGGUUAUCGUUGUUGUGACUUGGGCUUAAGACUUUACUAGCUAUAGUGAAGCCUCCUUUAGGAUAGGGGUUAAAGCUAAACAGCUGUUGCCCUAACUUCCAUGUUGGUGACACCAACAUUUUUAUUAACUCUAAUUCAUUACAAAGUAGGAAAGGAAAGAGAUUUUGUUCACCUCCUUACUCUCUUGAUCAGAUAUCACAAAAGGUAUUUCAAGUGAAAAUGCUUAGGUAUAUCCUCUGACCCUAGAGGAAUUAUAAGCCAACUUGACAGUAAACUUAAAAACAUAAAAAGUUAAGAACUAAAAGAGAAUUUUAUAAAAGAUUUACUCUAUUCCAACCUCAUGUUUUACAAAUAGAAAAUAAGCCCAGAGAAAGACAAUGACUUGCUCAAGGUUACAGAACUGGUCGGUAAACUGAAAUCUUCUAGAUUACAGAAGACAUUUAUUAGUAAGCAUGUAUGUUAUAUAUAGGCAAUGUGAAAAUGAAGUGGCCAUUACAGAUACCCUUUUGUUGUGGUAUCUGUAAUGGCCACUUCAUUUUCCCAUUGUGAACUCCAGAAUGCUGUGAACUCCAAAAACUUCAGACUAUUUAAAUGUAAAGUAAAAAAAUGUACUGCAAAAUUAAACACAAAUAAUACAAAAAUCAUUUACUACUUAUCUAAAAUAUCCAUAUCAUGGUCCACCUACAUUACAGUUGGCUUAUCACUUCCAGGAACCUUGGAUUCAUUUAUUUGAUCUCAUAAAGUCUCCCUAAUGAGGGUAAAAAUUAAAAAUAAAAUGUGAAUUGUAUUAGAAAGUGACCAUUGUUUAAGUAUCUCCUCCACCUCUAGCUUUAAGUCCAAUGAAAUACAAAAAUAGAGGAAAGUUUCUAAAUUUAAAAUCAUUUUUGGAAGAUGCCAAACUUUACAGGGAUAUAUAUGCUCCAAGUUAUGCUUCUGUCUACUUAAAUGGAGAUAUUAAAAAAUUCCAUUCUGCCUCCCAGAAUAAUUUUUUAUUCCACUGUGCCUGCAAUUUGAUUUUUUUUUUGACUUUUUUUUUUUUUUUUUUUGAGACGGAGUUUCACUAGUUACCCAGGCUGGCUUGCAAUGGCGCGAUCUCGGCUCACAGCAACUUCUGCCUCCUGGGUUCAGGCAAUUCGCCUGCCUCAGCCCCCUGAGUAGCUGGGAUUACAGGCACGCGCCACCAUGCCCAGCUAAUUUUUUGUAUUUUUAGUAGAGACGGGGUUUCACCAUGUUGACCAGGAUGGUCUCAAUCUCUUGACCUCAUGAUCCACCCACCUCGGCCUCCCAAAGUGCUGGGAUUACAGGCUUGAGCCACCGCGCCCGGCCUUUAAUUUUUUUUAAAAAAUGAAGGCCUCCAUUUUUCAAAUGACUUAAUACCUUUUCCAGAAAAGAACUUUAUAGUUAUGGCAGUACAAACCUCCUCUGAAAACUUCAGUGGGAACUUCAGAGGUAAAUAUGAGGCCAUACCUUAGCCUGAAAAUACAAAUAACCAUUGGCAUUCAUGUUGCAUCGUGGGUGAAACUCGAGUGAUGUUUUGACUGAUAGUUUUAGUGGCCCAGACUUUGGUUUGUGAAAUCAUCAGGUAAAGAGUACUUGAAGAUAGGCAGCAAAUCCUUUGUUUAAAUAGCUAAAAAAAAAAGUGAGUUGUGCAUGGUGGCUCACUCCUAUAAUCCCCAGCACUUUUGGAGGCCGAAGUGGGCAGUUCAUUUGAGUCCAGGAGUUUGAGAUCAGUUUGGCCAACAUGGUGAAACCUGUCUCUACUAAAAAUACAAAAAUUAGCUGGGCAUGGUGGUGCACGCCGGUAGUCUCAGCUACUCGGGAGGCUGAGGCAUGAGAAUCGCUUGAAACCUGGGAGGCGGAGGUUGCAGUGAGCUGAGAUUAUGCCACUGUACUCCAGCCAGAGCAAGACUCUGUCUCAAAAAUAAAUAAAAAUAAAGGUACCUAAGAAAAAUUUAGCAUAUUUUAUUGGUAAUCAAGUUUUCAAAAGAUUGCUCAUAUAGACGUAGUCAAUGCAAAUUGAUCCAAGUGUUCAGAUCAUUUAAAUAACCUCUUCAUACCUACUUCCCAGAUUUCCCUACCUUCAACCCCUGCAACUUUGCCUCAAAACUGAAUAUUUUAGAUUAUUUGGUUUGCUUUAUCUAGAUAAUUGCUCCAAAUAGCCAACUUGCUGGUGUAGAACUCACUAGUGGGAACUGAGUACCCCAAUAAAAGUGAGCUUUACUUUAGCACAGAAAAACAUCGUUGCCGUUAUAUUUCCAAUAAACCUUCCAGUAACUUUUUUCCAACAGAUGUCAGUUUGGGCUUGCUCUGCCUUCUGGGGUAUGUCUGUAAAAGUGAGAACAUGUCUGUGUAUAUACAUACACACAUAUAACAAAACUUAAUAGCAUUUAAUUGUUCUGCCUUUGGCUCUUUAUCCCUUUAGGUAAUUACUAGAUCAUUUUAAAGAGAGGGAAGCAGGAAUAACUUUUCAAUGGAGACAUUUCCUGAGGUGUGAGGAACUGCCAAAAUGAACUGCCAUGAUAGCAUCUUCUGUAGCACUUUUAUAUUGAGAGCUAUCAAGAUCUGAGGUUCCUAGUUUUGUUAAAAAACGCAUUUAGGUCAGAAUAAAUUAACUGGAAAAUUUUUAAAUACAUACUUUUGGCAAAAUAAAGUCUGCAUAUUUCAGAUUUAUUGUAUACCUGAGAUUUGGUACAUACUUGGAAGUGUUAAUACUCAUUCAUAUGCUGGUAUGUAGCCUAGAAUUUUCAUCUAUGGCAUGGUGAUCCAGAGGAGGUGUUAGUGGGUGCCUUGUGAGAGCUUUACUUUUAAAAAAUGGAAUGUUUAAGAAACAGAGUUAACUACUGGAAUGAUAAAGGCAGCAAGUCAAGGUGCUCUAGCAUCUUUAGGCUCAGUAUUUGUGUUAUCCCCAACUUGAGUGGAUUUGUAUCUGGUACUUGAUUAUUGAAUCUGAGUUGUGUUCAUUCUUUUUCUAAAGAUAUACCAUCAAUGUUUGUUGUACCUAAGAGACAUAUACAUAUUAAGAAUUAUAAUACUUAAAUAUAAAACUAAGUAGAAUGCCCUUAUGCCAAAAAGCUAGUUUUCUUAUAUGAUGUGAAAAGCUGUGAAUGCUCUAGAGGCUUCCUGUUACUACACAAAUAAAGGCAAACAAUUUCUGUAGGAACAUAAA